UAAAAAUAAAAAGCAGACUUCUUUCUUCCUUCCGUUUAUAAAUGCCUCAAAGCCAAUACCUCCGUCUCACCCUCUCUUUGAUUCGCCAUUGCCAACAAGUUUCAGAGAAAUAUCAAAUCUCAUCUUUGUGAUUUAAGCAUCGAAGGAAGACACACGUAUUUAGCAACUGAUAAAUGGAUAUAGAGCUCUUUGAGGAGGCCAUAUCUCAAAAUGACUCCUUUGGAGAGGAAAAGUCUUCCCUAGAGAAGUGGAAAUCUGUCUCGGAUGCAAUCCCCGACUCUGAAAAUAAUUCCUCCGGUGGCUUUGAUUGUAACAUCUGUCUAGAGACUGUGCAAGAUCCAGUUGUCACACUCUGUGGUCAUCUUUAUUGCUGGCCCUGCAUUUACAAAUGGCUUCAUUUCCAGAGACUAUCUGAUGAAGACCAACACCAGCAGUGUCCUGUAUGCAAAGCUGAAAUUUCUCAAACAUCCCUAGUCCCACUCUAUUGCAAGGGCCAAACCACAAAGCGUUCUAAAGGCAAUAAGGCGCAUCUUGGUAUAGUUAUACCUCGAAGACCUCUUGGUCCUGGUUGUGGAGUUGACUUACCAAGAUCAAAUAACACAACUAGCCCAUACCAAGCUGAUCAGCAAUUUUUGGAUGACAGUUAUUCAUAUCAAGCACAGCAAUACAACCCCAACCCAGGCCAUGACUCUUCAUCAGUGUUUAACCGAGCUGGUACGAUGACGAAUACAUUGGAUUCUCGGGUUGGUGUGUUUGGAGAAAUGGUGUAUGCAAGGGUGUUCGGAAAUACCUUAACAAAUUUAUAUACAUAUCCAAAUUCAUACCAUCUUGCAGGGAGCAAUAGUCCAAGAGUCAGAAGGCAUGUAAUGCAGGCUGAUAAGUCGCUCAGCAGAAUCUGUUUUUUCCUCUUCUGUUGCUUUAUUCUGUGUCUUCUCACAUUCUGAAUCUCUUUCUUCCUCAUUGUAUACAUGUAAAAAAAAUUACGAGCAUGCACUAUACGCUUAAUCGGCCGGAUGUACUAGAUCAUGUUAGGGAUAUUGCACUUCCAGAGCUGCAAUUA